AAGAUUUAGUGUCAAUACCAGUAGUGUCAGAAUCAAGAAUAUUAUGAAGAAGAAGUCACAAUUUGUCGUCAUCUCGGGUGUGUUUUCGCCAAGAAUUGCUUUAGUAGUUUCUCAUUUGGACACAAAUAUAAAUCAUACGGACACGGAGAAGUGAAUUAAGCUGCAGGAGUGUUUCAAAGAAAGUUCUUCCUCUUUUGCUGCUUUGAGAAUUUGAUCACAAUCAGAAGCCAGUAAUACAAUCUGACAUGUUCUGCGUGAAGGAACAGCAGCAGACCUUUGACAGACAUGCGGGUGGAGUAAAUAUUUCACAUUUUAAAGAUAAAUCGUGGCUGCAGUUUCACUUUAAAGCUCAUUCAGACACAUGCACACAGACUCUGUCUCCUCUGGGUCACGUUUCUUGGAUCGCGGGCCGCGGUUACAUAACACGGUGGAACCUCUCUCGUUGUUAGCAUCACCAGAUGCUGUAACGCUAGCUGUCCCCUGACCCAUUCUUAGAUCGGUAUCUUCCUCGGACUCCCCAUUACAAAUUCCCCUUUCGCUCCAUUCAGAUGCUAAUCGUCUGCAGUUUGCCCCGUCUAUUGCUGGGUGACUUGAAUCGUUCUGUGAAGGACAUUAGUGUCUAACCUCUUUGCUAUCCCAUUACAGCUCUCAUCAUUAAGUCUUUGCAAGGAGGUUUGUGAACGUGUGAAUGGAGCUGCAUUUAAAAACUAAGAGCGAUUUCAGACCUCGUCUGUGCAUUGGCAGCAUUUUUAGCGCUGCUGAUUCUGACUCGAUGCCGAAGCCUUUCCCUUGUGCAACUCGAGUUUUAAUGUGAUUUAGAUUCAGGAGAAACGCACAUAAAAACACAAGCUCCCCAGGCUUGAGAGAACAUGAUAUAAACCCAUAAAAUUAUAGUAAACAGGCGAAGGAGAACAGACGUUUGACAAACAAACCAGAGUCUGCUGAGACAAAAAGCGAUAUCUAAUAGCACGAGACUGUGAGAAACCUUAUAUUACUGAAUGCUGCAAAACACGGGCUUAUCGUCUGCACCGAGGAACACUAGUUACCAGUGAGUGCCAGAAUCUUAUCUGAGCUGCCAUCACAUUUUGAAGGUAUCCAUACAUGUCUGUUUGCACUAUUUAGCUUCUUAAAUGGUUUUCUGUUUCCGGACGUUUUGGCCUCUCUUGUCCCGAGAGGACAGAGAGAAGGAACAGGAGCGUCUGUAUUCAAAUUAUACCUGUAACAUCAAAACACAUCUUAUAUUAAAACACUCUUUCACAGUGAGAUAUGGUUUGUGUCAAAGAGGUAUUUUAUUUCAAGAUAUUUUAUAAUAAUGUGACACUUUGGGAAAUUUGUGUGUGUCCAGUAGAUAUGAAAGGAAUAUUCCCUUUCCAGGUGUCCAUUAUUAAGGAUUAAUGGACUCAACACUAUCCAUUAAUUCUUGAUAAUGGACCCCUUGAAGGGCAUUAUCCCAAUUAUAUCAUGUAUACAUGUGCAUGUAUAUUUUCACGUGUUUUUGCGAUCAAAACAAGAUUACACUUUUACAGGAAAUAUGUAGAUUUCCCUGCCAACAACCUGAAAGUUUGACUAGUACCUGGAAGAAUUAUCAUGAUCCUGUAAGGUUCUUAUGCUAUGGAAAUGUUGUUCAGUACUCAGUAAAUAGGACGAAAUUUACUUUGUGUUCUUGUGCUGUCAGAAGAUUUUAGGAACUGGGAAAAAUGCCCCUCUCAGAGAAAAGUUUGGUUCACGAGUUUCCAAGUUGAUGUCAUAUGAUGCUGAAACAUGAUGGAGGAAGGGAAAGUAUUUGACUCAGCUCUUAGCCAGAAAGCUAACAUUAUGCUAGCAAGAGUCAAUCCGGUCAAUAACCUCAUGUACAGUUGACAGUCAAAGUCAAAGUCAUGUCACUAUCCCCAAAUCAAUAUCACGAGGGUUUGAACUUUAUUGGAACUAUCUGGGAUUAUAUAAUUACACAACUCAACAACAAAAUAUAACAAAGGCCUCGUAGUUUCAUAGAAUACAUACUGACAAGAAGUACUUCAGAAAAUGUCACACUCACAAGGAAAUUAUACACGAAACAAAGAGUUUUCCCUCCUUCAAGUUAUUGUUUUUUAUUGUGUAAAAUGGAGUAAUUUGCUGCAUUCACGUCUCAAGAAAAGGCUCCUUAAACACCCUGAAUGCUAAUCCCGUGAGACGCUGGUCAUUUGAAAGUCAAUGUCCGAGCAGCACAGAGAGCUUUUGUGAGCAGCCUCACAAUGGAGCUCUUAAACCGACCCUGCCAGGGGGAGAGACGAGAGAAUGGGGGAGAGUUGAUCACCCUCACCUGUGACGGUAUAAAACACACCUGGUCAAGCUGUCGGGAUGUUGGCUGUGGAGUCACCGGUGCUGGUAACCUGUUGAAGAGCCAUGAGGAGCCUCUGACAUCAGACGGUUCAAAGGUGUUCUCCCCCAACAGCAUCGCAGGAUGGCUUCUGUCGGUGCACUGUUAAUGUUUCUGCCUGUUGCGUGGACGUGCUCGCCCCAAAAAGCAGACUAUGUUAUGGUGUCAUGCUUCCCCAACGCCAUCAUUGCCAACGUCCCAGAGUGUCCAUACGGCUGGGAGAUCGACCAGCUGUCUCUGGGUGGAGUCUGUUACUCCGGGAUUCACAGCCCGGGCUACUACCGCUUCAUCAUCUCAGACCUGACUCCCAAAAACCACUCGUACUGCGGCACACAGUCUGAGUACAUGCCCGGCAAAGACCCCAAGUACAUCUUCUACAACUCCAUCGUGUCCAACGACACGUCGCUCACAGUCAGAAACCAGCCGGUCAACUACACCUUCAGCUGCAUGUACCGAGCAGCCUACCUGGUGAACAACGCCGUCUUCAGCCAAAGCGUUUUUACUAAACCCUCUGCUUUUUCCAGAGUGGCUACAGUUUAUGUCAACAACGGGAGUUUAGGCACUUUUAGAUCACAGUUGUCUAUGAAUGUGUUCACGAAUUCAAAGUUCCUGUAUGCCAAAGACGCUCCCUACGUGAUCGACACUUCUGAGAUCGGCUCUGAAGUUUUCAUCGGCAUCGAGGCAAAAGGACUCAGUAACAGAUUUAAAGUUGUAAUAAACAACUGCUGGGCGACUCCGACUCCGUACUCAACAGACAAGAAGAGGUGGAGUCUCAUCAUUAACAGCUGCUCCUCCGACAGCACUGUGACUAUUUUUGAGAACGCCAAAGACAGCCGCUCCAUGUUCAAGUUCAACUCGUUCCGCUUCCAGCGGCUGGAGAAGGUUUCGACGGUGUGGCUCCACUGUGAGGUCCAGGUUUGUGACGGCGACAGACUCAUCUGCACGCCGGGCCCCUGCUCUUACAGAAGUCUGUCCUCACAGCCAGAACCAAGUGGGGGGAUUCUGACUGCUGAGUUUCACAUUAAAGGUAUCGGGUCCUCCAAUAAUGGAAACAUAAAAGGCUCAUCACUAUUCAUCCUGCUCGUAGUCCUGAUUAACACAUGUUUCGAUUCAGUAAAUGGAUCAAGAAUGUAGUCAAAACAUUUUAAUUCAGUCUCAUUUCUUAUAUAUUAUUAAUUUACAUCCGAACACACACACAGAGGGGAGUGUCACCCAGGACUCAGGGAGCGUUUGAACACAUUCCUCCCCAAAUGAUUUGUCUCAUUUUCUCACACAUAUAAACUGUAAUUAGCACAUUUUUGAGAUGUUGUAUUUCCUCUCCUGAGUGGAUUUUCUUUAAAAUCUUACAUACAUUACUCACUGUUUACUACAAUAAAGAUUUAAUGGGAAAAAAAAAUGUAAA